CGAGGCGGGGGCGGCCGUUCCCCUGCGGCCGAGCCGCUGUUGGGCGUCGGCCUCUUCCGCCGCUGCCCCCGGCUCGGAUCAGCCCCGCCCCGAGCGGCGGCGGCGGCUCCUUGACCCCGGUGCCGUCCGUGCCGGUGGUGCGGGCAUGGUGGUGUCCUGGGUGCUGCCCGCGCCCCUCAGCCCGGCGCAGCUGAAGCGCCUGGAGCAGCACCGCUACAGCGCGGCCGGGCGCUCGCUGCUGGAGCCGUGGCUGCAGCCCUACUGGGGCUGGCUGGUGGAGCGGGUCCCGCGGGGGCUGGCGCCCAACGCCAUCACCAUGGGCGGCCUCCUGCUGAACUGCCUGACGGUGCUGCCGCUCAUCGCCUGCUGCCCCAGCGCCACCGAGCAGGCACCUUUCUGGGCAUACAUCCUGGGUGCACUAGGACUUUUUAUCUACCAGUCUCUGGAUGCCAUUGAUGGGAAGCAAGCCAGAAGAACAAACAGUAGUUCUCCUCUUGGAGAACUCUUUGAUCAUGGUUGCGACUCUAUUUCCACAGUAUUUGUUGUCCUUGGAUCCUGCAUAGCAAUCCGACUAGGAACAAAUCCUGACUGGUUGUUUUUCUGUUGUUUUGUGGGACUGUUCAUGUUCUAUUCUGCUCACUGGCAGACAUACGUAUCAGGCAUACUAAGGUUUGGAAAAAUUGAUGUAACUGAAGUUCAGAUUGCCAUAACACUGCUGCUUUUGAUAUCUGGCUAUGGAGGAGCAGGAAUAUGGGACUAUAAGGUCCCUUUGCUGGGCUUAGAACUGAAGUUCUUUGCAGUUAUUGGUAUCCUGUGUGGAACAGCACUUUCUUUUUUCAAUUACUUCCGUGUCAUCUUUGGUGGAGGGGUUGGAAAGAAUGGAUCUACAAUAGCAGGAACAAGUGUUCUUUCACCAGGCCUGCACAUUGGACUGCUUAUCACACUGGCCAUUACAAUUUAUAAAAAGUCUACAACUCAGCUGUUUGAAAAACAUUCUUGCCUGUAUGUCUUGACAUUUGGGCUUGUGAAUGCCAAAAUCUCACAGAAGUUGGUGGUGGCUCACAUGACAAAAAGUGGAAUUUGUCUUCAAGACUCUGCAUUUAUUGGGCCAGGACUUCUGUUUUUGGACCAGUACUUCAAUAGCUUCAUUGAUGAAUAUAUUGUUCUGUGGAUAGCACUGUUCAUAUCCUUGUUUGAUAUGCUGAGAUAUGCCAGUGGUGUGUGCCUACAGAUUGCUGCUCAUCUUCAUAUACAUGUCUUCAGAAUUUCAUCUCAUCAAGCUUCUGAGCAGGCACAAGUUGCUCUUCCACUGAGCCAUCAGAAUAACAUGGACUGAAGAGACUUGCGAACAGUUGCCAUCUCCUGCUGUUGCUGUCACAAGAAAAGGAGAUAAUGCUGAACAAAUGCUGUAUCAAUAUGAUUCACUUGAAUUAAAUGAAUGUCAAAUGA